UAAACCACAACACAUCUCCUUGCUUCUCAAGUUUUCCUAUUCAUCCAUCCAUCCAUAUUCUUCCUCCCAAUCCCCCAACUUAUAAUUAAUUAAUUAACCAACACCCACUUUUUAGUUUUUAUAUAUAUAUUCCUCCCUCGGAAGCCCCCAAUUAAAAAAGGGCUCAUUUUCCCUUUCCCCUGUUAAUCCUAAUCUCUCCCAUCAUAUAAGCCCAUAAACAAGAACUCGCCGGAAAAAAAACCAGUAAUGAAGAGGGAAGGUCGUCAACACGGCAUGGUGGAAACCUAUCGUUUUGUGCAAUCCCGGGUCCGGGCUAGAAAUUCAGCUCAGUCAGAACCGGCCGCCCCAUUUACCAGGGUUUCUCAAAAGCCCACCAACCAUUCCAAGUUCACCGGAAAGUGCUCCCGGCCCAGGUGUGCCGGCUGCCAUACCCACCCGGUCGAAAAGUCGAGGUACAAAGCUAAAGGAACUCAGAAGCUCAAAUGUUCUGACGUUCUUACGAAUCACAAGUUGGUGAAGUGGCGGGUCGUGGAUUCAAGGCUAGCUCCCGGCCCGCCCGGCUUGAAGUUGACCGGGUCUUCUGCCACGGAGAUUCUGGACCAUUUGGCUAAUGACGAUUAUUACCUGGAUGAAAUUGAGGAUGAUGGUGAUGGCGGUGACCAUUUGGGCUACGGUUAUGAUGCUGACCCGGUUUAUGAUUACGGGUUUGACUAUGGGCUGGAGGGAUUUGAAGGCGAAUUAGCUGAUGAUCAGGGAGAGGGGGCCGAUGUUGAAAUUGAUGGCGAUGACGACAGAAUGAGCUUUUGUGACGUAGGAUUCAUCUGGGAAGAUGUGGACGGAGAAGACGGUGGUGAGUGGUAUUUGGUGGAGGAGAUUUGAGCCCCAUGAUUGAUUGAUUGUUAAUGCUAUAUGUUGAUCAGUUGCUCCGAUCAUGAUGAUCCUGUACAUUAUCAUUCCUUUAUUGUCAUUAGUACCAAAUGCAAUUGUAUGAUUAUUAUGACUUACGACAUCGUUACGAAUUGUAAAAAAUCCAGAUAAUCUCUCCGGUAUAUGAGGAAGAAUGGAUCUGGAUAUGAUUUGAAUAAACCAGAAGGAGUACUUCACAUAAUGUUUUGCUCUGGUGUAACCUUUUAUGAAUUUGACCUUUCUUUUAUUUUCCUUACAAUGAUUUUUUUUGGUGAACUUGUCCCUUUGAAACUUAAGCCGAUGACUUAUUGCUUACAUUGUAAAGCAAAUGAUCUUACAUUAAAACUAAAACAAGGUGGAUUUGAAACCCUGAUUAUAUGGUGGUCAGAAAUUAGCAUCAAACCUGUGACCCCUUAGCCUGAUCAUUUUACUUAACUGGUUCGUUUUGGAUGAGUAAUAGAAAUCUCACUGGAUUGGUUGAUCCCUUGUUUACUCUUUUCUACUUUAUUGAAGCAGAUAAGGUGUUAAUUCUUCACGCAAUCAUGUUUUGGUUCAAGUUCAAUAUGCGAUUUUG